CAACAACAUAACCAGGGGGUAUUCACUCUUAUGGCAUGAAUUGGAACAGUGUUUUUAGUUGGAGACCAAUCUGUAGGAUGCCGCUGGUAUCGCUAUUGUCAUUUGUCGGAAUUAGAAGCUGAUAUUUGACAGCUGUCAGUGACGUGGCCUGGCUUGUGUUCCUCUCAGGUUCCUCUCCUCCCCAGAGAUAAACCCAGUGAUGAUAAACCAGUUGGUUCUUUCCUUGUGAAAACGGAUUAUCGUUGUGGAUGCUUCCUUUCUUCUUUGUGUUUGGACCGUUUAAUACUUUUAUUUUUUCUUUAUGUGUGGUGAAGUUUGAGUGAUUACGGCGCUUGUUUAUUGCAGCAUAAACCAUGUCUCGGUACCGCAAAUGUGCAGGACAGGCUAUCAGGACAGUGUUUCAAUACGGCAUAGAUUCCUGAUCAACAAAUAUCCAACACGACUGAUGAAAUUCUUGGAAAACCAGCAACUUCAGCAUCAUCACAACAGUUGGGAGAAGUUUGCUCAGUUACCACCUCACAACCAGAAAAUCUUGAUUAGUAACUACAGUAGAAGGAGUGAGGAGCAUUAUUCAGAAGCAAAAACCCACUUAAGUCCAAAAGCUAAAAACCUAUAUAAGAUAGCCAGUCACCUCUCUAGAGCUAACAGAAGACUAGGAUAUACAAGAAGGUUGAUUAGAAGUACAAGAGAAGUAUUAAAUGAGGCAUUGCAGCGAUUGGACAGCACUGUAGCUACUUUCAUCAAAAGCCAGAUCACACUGGCUGGUAGUAAAUCACAGGGAUGCAGAUAUAGCUUAGAAGACAAAUUGAUGGGACUUAUACUUCAUAAACAAAGUGGUAGGGGAUGUCGAGCAUUAUCAAAAAUAUUUGCUUUGCCCUCAAAAAAAACAGUAAUGCAGCUAUUAAACCGGAUUCCCAUCAAUCCAGGUGUAAAUGAUGUAUUUUUUAAAGAAGGGAAUACUUGCAUUCAAGAGAGCCAUUAA